AUGUUUAGACAAGUACUUGCUUGUUUCUGUACAUUAUUAAGUAAAGAUCUUCAACAAAAAACAAUUCAUCAACCAUCCGAAUUUCAAUACAAAGAACUUGAAAAACUUAAUUAUUCAAAUCUUCAUUGUUCAUGUUCAACAGUUUCAAUGAAUUAUUCAACUUUUAUUACGAUUGAAUCAUAUUUUCAUCAAGUGUGUUCAAGUGAUUUGAUAUCAGAUUCAUGGAUUAACUUUCUUGACAGUGAUAACUGGGAUAAACUUUAUGUUGCAAUAUUUGACUAUCGAAUGUCUGGUGUAUUUCAAUUUCAGUUAUUGUCAAUGUUUUGUGAACAUGCUCAACAAACAGUACAUACUAAUAUUAAAACAUUACUUCAAACACAAUUUCUUUCUUCACAAGUUAUUUCUAAAGAUCGAUUUGAAAUUCAAAUUAAUUCAUUAAUUUCUGAUUGGAAAUCUCAAAUCUUGAAUCAAUUUUUACAAGCAAUAAAAAUAUUUCAAGCUGUAUCACAUGGAAAUCAGCUUAUGAGUGCGAGACUUGAAUAUCAUGUUUAUAGAAAUAACCCGAAUGAUACAAAAAUGAGUAUCAAAGAAGAAGAAUAUUUUAGAUGUUCAUGUAUUCUAUCAUCAUCAUGCCUUAUUCCUAUCGUUCCAAAUUUCUUUUUUGGUUGUUCGCAAAUCGAUGGAUUAAUGAAAUCAACAUUAGAAUGUUUUUAUAAUCUACAAUGUAUGACUGAAUUACAUGUGUUCUUUCUUAGUGGUGCUUAUCCUUUUUUUAAUUUUUCAAAUUUAAAUGAUAAUCUGAAUCCACCUAAUGAAACAAUUGAAUCAAUUAUUAAUAAACUUAUGAUUGAUUAUUGGACGUUGAAUAUUUCAUUUUCUUCAUAUUAUGAUAGAUGUCUUCCAUCAUCAUGUACAUAUGAAUUUAUUAGUCGAAAUGAUUUAUUCGUUAUUAUAACAACAAUUCUUAGUAUAUUCGGUGGUUUAUCUCUUGGAUUGAAAUUACUUACUUUAAUUAUUCUUCGAUUUAUUGAGAAGACAAUUCAUAAUAAUUCUUUUAAUCAAUUUAUAACAAUGAUAAAAAACUUAUUUGUUUGUAAUAGUGAACAACGCCUUGUUAAUCGAUUGCAUUUGGUUUUUCUUUUACUGACAUUAUUUUUAAUAUUUACAUAUUCUGCUUUUAAACCGAAAUCAGUCACUGUUCAAAUAUUAAAACCAUCAAUUUUAAAUCAUAAAUAUUUAUUAAAAGAUCAUUCUGAUUUUCUUCAAUGUCUUUGUUCACAAAUAUCUAUUCCAUAUGAAGCAUUUCUUUCGAUUGAACCUAAAUUUCAUGAUUUAUGUUCAAGUCAAUUUAUUACGGAUGAAUGGAUUUAUUAUAUUUAUGGUCAAGGUAAUCUUUCUCGUCGAUUUUCAUUUGAUGAUUAUCGUUAUUCAGCUCCUGGACAAUUUAUUUUACUUUCUUCAGUUUGUACAAUUAGUCAAGAUAAAGUAAUUCAUGCUAUUUCGCAAUUACUCACAAGUUUUUUUAUUAAUUCUCAACUUUUAUCCGAAAAUCUUUUAAUUCAACAAGUUCAAAGAGUUUUAAAUCGACUUCAAUCAACAACAUCCAAAUCAUUUCUUAAUACUUUAAAUUUAAAUCGUGAAAUAAUUGGUUCAAAUAUGAUAAUGAGUUCAUGGAAUACUAAUUGGCAAUAUAUUUAUGAAGAUGACUUUUCUCAAAUGUCACUUGCACAUACAGUACCUAUAAGUUAUGAUCAAUGUAAUUGUGGAUUAUCAUUUAAAUGUACUCAAUCAUCAGGAGAUAUGAUGAGUGGUUGCUAUCCACUUGAAUCUAUUCUUCAAACAAAACUUUAUUGUUUUUAUAAUCAAACUUGUAUCGAUUCAAAUGGAAAAUUUCCAGCAUUAAAUAUAUCAACAUUAGAAUAUAGUCAAUUUAAUUUAAAUUCAACAAUUGAAUCUAUUUUAAAUAAUUUAAUGAUUGAAGAGUUUAAAAGUAAUUUAUCAUAUGAAAAUUAUUUUAAUCAAUGUAAACCAUUAUCAUGUUCAUAUUCUUAUAUUGAAACUAAUGAUGUAAUUCAAACAAUAACAUCUCUUAUAUCCCUUUAUGGUGGAUUAUUUAUUAUAACUCAAUGUUUAGCAAUUAUUUUUGCUAAAAUUUAUAGACAUAAAACAAAUCGAAUUGACUCUGAAGCUCUUCAACAAGAUAAUUAA